AUGUCUUCCCCGCUCUCAGGCUUUUCCGCCCUCGGAGCGCAGGCCAUGCUCCCCAUCAUCCUUGGGUCGUACCAGUCGCUCCGUGUCCCGGCCUCGGUCAAGGCGCGGAGGCGCGCGGCGCGUCGUCUGGACCGCAAGCGUCUUCUCGGCGAGGACGACGAGGACGACGAUGACCUCGACUCGGAAAUGGACGAGACUAUCACGCUCGCGGACAGCAUCCUGUUUCCCAUCCUGGGCAGUGCCGCGCUCCUGGGUCUCUGGGCUCUGAUCAAGUAUGUCGACAAGAAGUGGAUCGACCUCGUGCUCGGUGUUUACUUCUCCGGCCUGGGUGUCUUUGCCGUCCACUCGACCUUUGGGUCCAUCAUCGGCGGCAUCUUGCGCCUCUUCGGCGUCGCGAGCACCGUCUACCACGUCCGCAUCUCUGCAGGCAUCAAGCAGGUCUUCCACCUGCCCAUGCGCGUCGCCUCGCUCAUCUCGGUCGUCCCGGCCGUUGCCCUCCCGGCUCUCUACGUGCCCCUUGGCCGCCCUUACGUCCUCACCAACGUCCUUGCCCUCUGUCUCGGUACCUCGGCGCUUGGCCUGCUCCGUCUGGACGGAUUCCCUACUGCUGCCCUUCUCCUCAGCUUGCUGCUUGUGUAUGACAUCUUCUGGGUCUUCUACACCCCUGUCAUGGUCACCGUCGCCAAGGGCAUCGACGCGCCCAUCAAGCUCCUGGCACCCAAGGGCGCCGGCAACUUUGUCAUGCUGGGCCUCGGUGACGUUGUUGUCCCGGGCCUCCUCAUCGCUCUCUGCCUUCGUUUCGACAUGGGCCGCCACGUCCUUGCCAACCCCAAGAGCGACAUCACCCCGCGCAGCCGCUUCCCCAAGCCGUACUUUAUCGCCGCGCUCGUCUCGUACGUCCUCGGCCUGUGCGCGACCGUGUACGCCGUGACGGUCCAGAACCGCGCCCAGCCCGCGCUCCUGUACCUCUCGCCGGCGUGUAUCCUCGGCCCGGCUCUCCUCGCCGCCCUCCGCGGCGAGCUCGGCUUGCUCUGGUCGUGGCGCGAGGAGGACGACGACGUCGAGGUGCGCGACGAGACUAUCGAGGCCCCCAGCGAGGUCGCGCAGCAGGCUCGUCUUGCCGCCAAGGCUGUCGACAACGUCGACGUCGAGGCCAGCGCCGAGCCCGUGGCCCCCGUCGUCAUCGACGACUCGUGGAUGGAGUCCGAGGCCACGCCUGAAAAGCCCCGCAAGCGCAAGGGCGGUAAGAAGAAGUAA